AUGAAAGAUCAAGCAAUACGUCGAAGUAAUUUUUCAUAUAAUACGGUUGUAUCAUCUUUGACUUCUACUCCAUCAACAAGAAACGGUCGUCUAUCUGUAUUCUCUAUUGAUGAACAUCGAACAACGAAUGGAGGUAAUGCUAUUAUUGACAUAGGCUCAGAUGAAACAUAUUAUCCUUCAAUGAUACCACAACUACAAGUUAUUGAUGAAACGGUAUGA